AUGGCGGACGUCUCCUCCACCCGGCUCUAUUUGGGCAACCUCCCACGAAAUAUCACAAAACAAGACAUCGAGGAUCACUUUGGAACUCAUGGCGCCGGCUCCAUCAAAGAGAUCAAACUCAUGAAUGGAUUCGGUUUCAUAGAAUAUGAAGAUGCCAUGGACGCCCGUGAUGUCGUGCCAGAUGGAACUGAGUUCAAGGGCGAACGGCUCACCGUCCAGUUUGCUCGAGGCCCUCGUCGCAAGGACGAUUUUUCUGGCCCACCGGACCGAAACAUUCCUCGACCACGUCGUACUAUCUACCGCAUGCAGAUCACAGGUUUGCAACCAGAUACCAGUUGGCAGGACCUCAAGGAUUUCGCCAGAAGCUCGGGCCAAUUGGACGUUGUCUACUCCGAAACUGGCCGCGAACGCGACGGCAAAGGCUUUGUCGAAUUCGAGACCCAGGCCGAUCUCAAGACUGCUGUGGAGAAGUUAGAUGGACAAACCUUCAAAGGCGCUGUGGUCCACUGUACUGCUGAUGUGCAGGACGAGCGUCCAGACCCUCGCAGCUACCGUCAAAGAUCUCCACCACGAGGCCGAUAUCCCAUGGACGAUUACUACGAUCGACGUGGCCCCCCUCCUCGCGGCUGGAGUCCUCGCGGCUAUCGCGAACGCUCUCCAGGACGCCGACCACCGGUGGAUGAUUUCUAUGACCGUGGCUAUGGAAGACGCACCCCUCCGAGAGACUAUCCACCACCACGACGAUAUGACCUGGAUCCGUAUGACGCUCCGCGAGGACCUCCACCCCCACCACCAGCUAGAGGCUACGGUGAUCCUUACGCACGGAACGGAGACCCAUACCCUCCUCGACCACGCAGCCCUCGCGGAUAUGGAUAUGGUGGUGGCUACGGUGGCUACGAUGACCGACGCUACUAG